AUCUUUCCCCUCAUUCGCGAUCCUCAUUAAGGGUAAACAAGCUGAAGCGAGCUCGCAGUGUCAUAAGCCUUUCAGUCAUUUCCUUUCCUCAUCUUUAGCAAGUCAGCUGCACUUACCGGCGACAAUAGAGCAAAAUGGGUCGUCUUCUACAGUGAGUUUACUAUACUAGAUAUAGCAUGGAGUGCGUUUAGUUUGUACACCACCGUCUGAUGAAGUGAAUUCUGACUGGCCCUCGACUUACAACUUGGAUAGUAACCUCGGAAACUGCCGACAGAACAUGGACACGCCACAGUAUCCCGGCUACCCAUCACACUACUGGUACCCUCAGUCUCAUUCCACGGGACACUAUGCAAAUACCAAUCCCUCUGGAUCUGAUGGCCAGCCACAGUACAAUCCUCAGGUAAUUCCUGGAGGUUAUCCAAAUGGCCAUGGCGUCUACAGCCCGCCGGCACACAGUCAAUAUUCAACGAGUGGUUUCCAUCCAUCCAACCCUUUCUACUGUGCUGACGCUCAGAGAGCGCCUCCAGCUUCUUACUCUAAUCAGAGCUGUCCAGCGGAGCAAAGCAGUGGGGCAGCUGGACAGCCACACUCUCAAAACCAUCACUAUCCCGGUAUACACUGUCAAGGGGGUCCUGGAUAUCCUCCGGGGCCGUAUUCUCACUACAGUGAAGGUGCUCAUUCAAUGCCUCCAAACACGCUGUAUCCCACUGGCCAGUCUCUGCACCCCAACCCCCAGGCUGACACUUGGGCACACCCUGGGACAUAUGCACCCUCACAGCAGCAGUGGCAGCCAGGCCAACGGCUUGCUCUAAACCAUUACGGAAAUCCUGUACGUCCGCUACACCCUCCAGCAUGGCCAGGGACUGGAACCGGUGCACCACCACCUUACCAGCCGAAGGACCAACAGCACCAGCGCACCCCACAAGUGGGACCAAUGCCCAGGCUGACCACAUCCCCAAAUCACACCAAUGGGAAACCCACAGAAAUUAGUUCACCUCCCCAAAUCUACAACAAAGCUGGGCGAAUUGAUCAAAACCACUCACAAGGUGAGCCCCCACCCUCUGCACCCACCCACUCUCCAGCCGCAGGCAACGCUGGAGCUCAGCCCGUGAGCAACAACGCCAGUUUAGCUCGGGUCCAACAAAUCAUGGCUCGAGUGCUACUUCUUCAGGAAGAUGUCGAUGAGUUUGUAGGGAAAAAAACGGACAAGAGUUAUCGAUGCCUGGAGGAACUUCUUACCAAAGAGCUGCUUGAGCUGGAUUCUGUGGAGACUAGGGGACUUGAAAAUGUCCGUCAAGCGCGAAAGGAGGCUGUCCAGAGGAUCCAGGCCAUUCUGGACCAGCUGGAGAAGAAAGCGUUCUAAAGUGGGUCAUUAACCAGUUUGUUGGUUCCUUAGGCGGCUUCCUCCAGGUCUUCUUUGAACCAUAAAGUCCAAACACGUUUUCAAAAAUGAAUUUUCAGAAAUGGCUGUUGGUCUGUGUGAGUGGUGCCAAUACAGUGGAUCAACAAACAGUUUUUUGUACAUAUCAUAAAGAAACUUUCAAAUCAGUCAAUGACUGAAUUUUGAUUUGCGUUAUGCAGCAGAAGCGGUCCCGGACCGAAAGGCGCCCUGUGCGACGGCCGUCGAUUGCGCCCCCUCGGCUGAUUGGAGGGGGGGUGGGUGGGGUUGGCGGGGGGGAGUGCUGCCACCCCCCCGCAGAAUGCAGCUCCCCAUAUCGCCCGCAUCAGAAACCGUCCCUGUUAUGCAGAAUUAUGAAAGGAAGAGACAGAUUUUUAUUGCCAUUUCCAAGCUGUUGCUAAUUUCCAACGCGUGCUUCAGAAUCAAGUAAUCAUCCUGCUGUCUCUGCUUGUGUGUCAGUUUAAAAAUGUUCCUCUGCUCCUCACAACAUGCACAUUGCCUUAACUGCCCACAGUUGCAUGAUCACGAAGUCAUCGAUACCCGUCAUGGAGGCGAUCACGGUACUGUCAUUCAGUGUUUCGUUUCCAUUGUGCUCUCUGCCUUGCAUGCACUUUUACAACCUCUAUCACCUCAUAAUUGGACCACGAACGAGGAAAUGAGUAAAAAGUUCUGAAAAAGUACUGUCGAUUCUUUGUUUUUGGCUAUUGCUGUGAUUUCCAACCUGCAUUAUUUUUUUUUGAUUCAACUUGUUAAAACUUGAUCCUCCAAGCAAUGAAAGUGUAUUUUUCCCCAAAUAUCCAUUCAAAUUGUGAAGAACCCGUUUUAAUUUGUUAUACAUCAGUGCUAGUGACAGCACCGAAGUCAAAUUCUGUUAUUCAGAAUGUCACACAAUCCUUCCAAGUAGUGCAAGAUAGAUAUUUCUCCCUGAAACAUUACUGAUGUGGUGAUUAUUACCGAGUGCCAUAUAUCAGGGGAUGUUUAACAUAUUUAGAAAAAAGUAAAAGCAUUGCAUGGAAAAUUAAUCAUGUUUUCUGUAUUCAUUUUCUUGUGCUGUUACACGGAGCCCAACUGUAAAAUGGCAGGUGUAAUGCAUGUUUCCAACACAAGAUGGAAAUAUUUGGCUGAUUAAAAAAAAAAAAAAAAAAUGUCACAGUUGAGAAUUCUCAGAUAUAAUAAAAUAUUAUAUUUUUAA